GGGUGGUGAUAAACACAGGGAAGAGAGAGGAAGGGAUGAGAAACAAAGACCGGAAAAGGGAAAGUAAGGGAAAGUACGGAGUGUGGAAUGAAGAUGCAAUGCAAAGGAGCAGAUAAGAAAAGGCUCAACUUGAAGAAUGAGUCUGUCCUUUGACUCCUUGAUGACAGAGAGGACACACCUUGUAAGGAGAUGAGGUUGACGUCUCUUUGGUCAUACUUUGAUUAUCUUUUUUUUUUUUUUUUUUUUUUUUUUUUUUUACGGUUAACUUUCUGGUUGUUUGUGGCCUUGCUUCUAUUGUUCAUCAUUGUCAAACAUCGAGUGGGCUCCAUGCAAUUUUCUAAGGCUUGGGUUCAGAGGAAGAAGAAGGCCUUUGAGCAGAGAGGGGAUAUGGCAUCAAGUGCUUGGGCAGAGCAACAGGUCCGCGAGAUGAGUCUUCGUGCUCGUCAGCUCUCCAAAGCAAAGACAGAUCCCGAGGAGGAGAGGCGGCUGCUAGCAAGGCAGCGGCAAGCAUCUUUAGACCAAGUAGAGACUGUAACGAAGAGGCACCUUCUUGUCCUCAAGAAGAGAGACCUCGCUAGGAAGAGGCAAGAAGAGGCUUCACAGAAGGACAUCAUCAAGCAGCUUCUUGCAGCGGAGGGUCUGGAGCUCGAAGACGAGAAUGCUCUUUAGCAAAGCCCCCACCGACUUCCGCCGCUAGAAAGACUCUACGAGAGGUUUCACAGAAGGACGUCAUCAAGACGCUUCUUGCACCGACUCGCUAGGAAGAGGCGACGAGCGGUUUUGCAGAAGGACAUCAUCACGAUGCUUCUUGCAGCGGAGCGUCCGGCGCUGGAAGACGCGAUCGAUCGCUCUUUACGACAAUGUCGCCACCGACUCGCCAGGACGAGGGGCAACAAGAGGUUUCGCAGAAGGCCAUCAUCAAGACGCUGCUUGCCGCGGACGGUAUGGAUCUGGAAGAUGCGAUUCCUCUUUGGCAAAGCCUCCACCAACUUGCCAGGAAGAGGCAAGGAAAGGUUUGACAGAUGGUCAUUUUUAAGAAAAAGCUCCUUGCAGCAGAGGGCUUGAAGUUUGAACCUGGAAAGGCUAGAAUGGUCUUUUUUAGCGAAGCAGCAAAUCCCCCACCGACUUGUUAGGAAGAGGCAACAAGAGGCUUCACUAUGGUCUUUAGCGAAGCGGCGAAAGCCCCCACCGACUCGUUAGGAAGAGGCCAAAAAGAGGCUUCACAGGAGGACAUCAUGAAGAAGCUUCUUGCUUGCAGCAGAGGGUCUGGAGCUGGAACGAUGUGAAUGCUCUUUAGCGAAGCGGCAAAGCCUACACACCCAAUUUCAGUUAAAGACCCCUGGACAAAAGAGAGAGGGGUUCAAAGGGGGGUUGCCACACUGUUUAAAAAAAUGCUUCAAGGCUUUGAAGUUUGAAUUUUAGUAUUUUUAAUAUUUUACUGUUUUAAGUUUUAACUUUUUUUUUUAGAUUACGUUUGUUGUUGCUGCUCAGAUCCAAUCUGCUUGUGCCUUCUCGUCCUCCUGCGUAAUUCAUCAUCAUCAGCUUAUCUUCAAAUGUGGCUGUAUGAUAGACACAUACAGCUGUUAAUGAUGAACACAUGGGAAUUCAAAUCCUGAUGGAAUCGGAUGGAUACUUCAUUGGAUGUAAUAAUGUUAAGGGCUAGCUGAUUUCAUCAUCACAUUAAAAAAAAGGGGCUAUGAAUGUCAAGUUGUCAGCAUAUUAUUUUCCGAACCGUCAACAAAAAACAGCAGUGUGA